GGGCGGGAGGGAGUAGAGGCCGGGGCAGAGGGCGAGGGCGCUGGCGGCGGCGGCCGCGGAAGAUGAGCAGCAGCUGCUCAGGGCUGAGCAAGGUCCUGGUGGCUGUGGCUACAGCCCUGGUGUCUGCUUCCUCCCUCUGCCCCCAGGCCUGGGGACCCCCAGGGGUCCAGUAUGGGCAGCCUGGCAGAUCCGUGAUGCUAUGUUGCCCUGGAGUGAGUGCUGGGACCCCAGUGUCCUGGUUUCGGGACGGAGACUCCAAGCUGUUCCAGGGACCCGAUUCUGGGCUGGGGCACCAACUGGUCCUGGCGCAGGCAGACAGCACUGAUGAGGGCACCUAUAUCUGCCAGACCCUGGAUGGUGCACUUGYAGGCACAGUGAUCCUGAAGCUGGGCUACCCCCCAGCCCGUCCUGUGGUCUCCUGCCAAGCAGCUGACUAUGAAAAUUUCUCCUGCACUUGGAGUCCCAGCCAGGUCAGCGGUUUACCCACCCGCUACCUCACCUCCUACAGGAAGAAGACAGUGCCAGGAACAGAUGGCCAGAGGGUGAGUCCAUCUACAGGGCCCUGGCCAUGCCCACAGGACCCCUUAGGAGCUGCUCGAUGUGUGGUCCAUGGGGCAGAGUUUUGGAGCCAGUACCGGAUUAAUGUGACUGAGGUGAACCCACUGGGUGCCAGCACACGCUUGCUGGAUGUGAGCUUGCAGAAUAUCUUGCGCCCUGACCCCCCCCAGGGGUUGCGAGUGGAGUCAGUACCUGGUUACCCGCGACGUCUGCGUGCCAGCUGGACAUACCCCACCUCCUGGCCCCGCCAGCCCCACUUCCUGCUCAAGUUCCGGUUGCAGUACCGGCCAGCACAGCAUCCAGCGUGGUCCACGGUGGAGCCAGCUGGCUUGGAAGAGGUGAUCACUGAUGCUGUGGCUGGGCUGCCUCAUGCGGUCCGAGUCAGUGCCCGGGAUUUUUUGGAUGCCGGUACCUGGAGUGCCUGGAGCCCUGAGGUCUGGGGGACUCCCAGUUCUGGGCCCCUGCCAAAAGAAGUACCUGAUGAGAGCCAGCCACAAGUGCAGGUGGAGACAAUAGCUCAUAUGGACAGCCCUGCUCUUCCAAGGCCCUCUCUACAGCCAGACCCGAGGCCGCUUGAUCACAGGGACCCCCUGGAGCAGGUGGCUAUGCUAGUGUCUUUAGGAAUCUUUUCUUUCCUGGGACUGGCAGCUGGGGCCCUAGCACUGGGGCUGUGGUUGAGGCUGAGACGGGGUGGGAAGGAUGGACCCCAAAAGCCUGAGUUCUUGGCCCCAAUGAUUCCGGUGGACAAGCUUCCAGGUGCUCCAAACCUGUAGAGGACCCAGAAGAACUUCAGCUGAUUUCACCUAUAAGUCUGUCUUGCUGGUUUGGAUGAAGGAACAGAUAGAACCAAGCAGGAUUGUAGAUCCCUUUGGACAGUGCUAUCAGCUGGAAGUUCUAUCUGGAUCCCAUUUCUAUGAAAUAGUUUAUUCCAAAUGUGCCAGCUGAAAGGUACCAGAACCUCUGACUUCAUCCCAGAACUGGAGGUCCACCUGAGGAAUGUGCCUGUCUGUGUCCAUGUGUAUGUGAAGUAGGGAGAAUGUGUUCUCUGCAUGUAUGUAUGUAUAUAUGUAUGUAUGUGCCUGAAGAACGUGUGUGGGUCCUUGACUCUUGGUCUUGCCCCUUGCAGGGGCUAUGAAGAUGCAAAAUAAAGAGAACGAGGAGGUUGCUCUAUAUCACA